AUGAGGCUAGAUGAAUUUGAGAUAGAUGAAGAUAGUGACAUAAUUAUUGGAGGUGAUUUCAAUGUUAUACUGGAUUGCGACAGGGAUGGAUUUGGAGGUAAACCGAAACUUAAAAUAGCAUGUAAAAAAAUUGAAAAUCUCUGUUCAUCAUUUGACCUAAUUGAUAUUUGUUUUCGAAAAGCAUCUCCUGGAAGAAGACAUUUUAAGUGUAUGCGAUCUUUUCUUUAGAAGGGUUAACAGGGACCUCUCUCCGAUUGACCGUUUUAAGUUAAUAGGUCUUAUAUGGACGCUGUACCUGUUGAAUGGAGAAAGCAUGUUAAACAAAUUGCUCAGUAAUAUUACAUUCGUCCUCAAUUGAGGUAAAAGGUCCACCUUAAAAAUGAUAACGCUGAUGUCGAUAUGUCUUCGGUCACGUCAAAAUCUCUUUACAAUGCAUUAAAAAUGGCAAAACAAACUCCUCCAUCUGCUCAAAAGAGGUUUCAGGAUCAAUUUCCUGAUGUUCAAUUUCAUUGGAACGACAUAUAUUCGUUCUCAUUUAAAGUGUCGCUAGAAACAAAAAUUAGAGAAUUACAAUAUAAGGUUUCGGACAACAUUGUUUUCACGAAUGAAAAGUUUUUCAAGAUGAAGAAGACUGAUUUACCAAAUGUAUCUUUUGUAUAAACGAGAUUGAAUCCCUUGAGCAUCUUGUUUACAAUUAGUAAAUAACAAGAUCCUUCUGGGUAGCGCUCCGUUAUUGGCUUAUGGAAUGUAAUAUUAAUUUGUAACCUUUGUCGGUUUUUAAUGUCUAAUUUGGUAUAUUCAACGUAGGAGAAGAUUUUGUCAUUGUUAACCAUCUUAUCAUAGGCGUACGGGCAAUUUUUUGCCGGGGGGGUGGGGGGGUAAUCCAUUUGCCCAAAAAAUUCUUGCAAGUUGCCCAAAUUUUUAUAAAACAGUCGAAAGGAAACUGGGGCCAUGCAUCAAAAUAGAACGUACUGGCAUAUCAAAAUGGCUCGAUACAGUUUUUCAGAGUCAAUACCUGCCAAGUUUGAGCAUAAACUACGUCGCCACAAACAAGCAUUUGGAAAAAAUUACCACCACAGUUGUAUUAGGUAAAGAGGGAAAUUUGUCACGAUCAGGAUUGUAAUGACAUCGGAGCUGUCAUAGCAACGAAAUGCCGCCACCACCUAUUAUACUUGCAGCAAUAUUUCUCACUGGGAACUGUUCUUACAAAAUCGUUCAGGGGAGCUCUUUCCUCCAAUAGUCGCCUCGAUGUUCGUGAAGUUAAAACGGAACUGUAAGAGCGUUAUCGAGAUAUUUUGGGAUGAAGUUUUUAUUGUUAUAAAUAAGGUAAAAAAGGAAAAUCUUGAUGUUUAGUCGUAAUCUGAAGAAAACGGAGCGCUUUUGACAUGCAAUUUCACCUCACAGUAGUUUCAAUCUCCUGCCAAUUGCUAUAAGGAAGGAUUUGAUUAGCGCUCGAUCUUGUUAGGGGUUUCGUAAACAUUUCGGUCUACUUAAACAAAUUAGUGAAUAAUUUUUAAACCCCUUGAUACAUUUUUUUAAGAAAAUUAUGAUUCUUCUCGUAAUUCAAACUGAGAAUUAGUCAGCCACUUCACUUUCAGACCCAUUGCUGAUGCGUGUUCUGCCACACACUGUUCUAGGAGCGGAGGUGAUUCUAGAAAGUUAUGCGGAAGUUUAUUCUAAUCAAUUCACGACUGGAAAUAGCCCACUCCAGCUAUUACAGUGAAGUACAGUACCCAACAAAAAAAAAAUCAGCAUAUGAUACCCUUCCCUUAUAACCAGAAACUCGUCACGUGCUGGGCAACCUCUGUCUCGUGUGAACGUAACUGAAUUAUUACGCCAACUUCUGGUUAAAAUAGAAAAUAUUUAUCUCUUCAAAAUAAUAAUAAUAAUAAUAAAAAACAUGGAAACGUCUUUAAAAACUGGCUUUGCCCAAAUUUUCUCUUGCUGCCCAAAAAAUCUGAGUUGCCCAAACUUUGGGGGGGGCUGCAGCCCCCUCGCCCCCGGCCCGUACGCCUAUGCAUCUUAUUCUAGUGGCAAAGUUUUACAUUUAUCGCUGUAACUUAAAUUCUGUUAAGGUAUCAGCCACCCUUCAGGACCGUCCGCGCGCGGAUCGCUGUAGCGUUAGUUGUUUUUAUAAAAACCCCUAUAAACCAUAUAUUUUUUAAAAGCUUAAUAAUUCCAGAUUAUGGACUUGAACUAACAAAAACGAUUUACUUAAAUGUGUUUCGAAACUGGAACGCUUUGUGUAAAAGUACACAUCUCUAUAAAUCAUGUUCCACUCCCGCCGGAAAUAAACGGAAGAAAACAAUUAACACCGCAUACGCUUCUCAAUACGUUCUACUAAAAAACCGUGUCUCAGAUUUUUGACAAGUGCGUUUGUUUUUCUUUUAUUAGCAAAUGAAGUUGGGGAAGGCAAUUAGUCAACACUCCCUGUGGGAAAAAAGCUCUAGCUUUAAAAUGAAACGGAGUAUUAAAAUUCGCAGACACGGUUUUGUAGAAGAGAUAUAUGGCAUCACUCUGGCCAAAUUUUAGCCAAAUUGAUUGAAAGGCUGCCGACUUGGAGUUCAAAAUGUACGAGUCGAUCAGCAAAAUUUGCGUUCGGAGAUAAAAUAGAAAAUACAUUUUUGGCGGCAUCCUACCUGGAAUGAGAUUAUAACACCUAAAUGUUUAUUCUGAUUGAUAUCAGAGAGGGAUCAAUUUUCUCUAACAAUAGGACUUUGACAGGUAACAUGUAACAGGAACAAACUUUUUAUUGCUAUCAGCAUCUUCAAGUGAACAGUUUAAUUCUCCGUUGUAAAACUUCCACUCUUUUACACCACGAGAAGCACGGUUUAAUUGUUUCUCCUUCGAUCUUUUUUGUAUGAUCCGCCCAGGCGUUUUUGUUGAUCGGCGCCAGGCCAAGGAAACUAAAAAACUCUAAAGACGCCGAAUGUCCAACACCGAUUGCUCGAAGGCCAAGAACUGAGGCCCGAUUUAUUUCAAACGCUCUGCUCUUCUCGGAAGAAUUAAAAACAGAAUUUGUCUUGUGCGACGGACAGCUUUCAUUCUCGCACUGGAUUCUCCAAGUAGAACCAAGUCCAUGCUUACUCGCUACAUUUUCCAUGACUUGGACUCUUCCCUGGCAAAAUCGACAAGAUUCGUCCAGUUUCUCAAGCAGCUUUUCGCUCGAUACGAUAGCUCGAUCGCUUAUUGUUUUCCACGUUCCAUCAGCAGACGGGGUCGAUGAGCUUAAUUGGCUUUCUUCAUCUGGUUCUUCAAGCUGGAUUUUGGAGCGGCUCGCACUCUCAGCAAUUGCAGCGUUGUCGCUUUUCUGAAUAUCCAACUCCUCGAGCCACUUCUCUUGCUGAUAAAAUGAGCCCUUGUCGCUCUCUGCCAAUUUUGCGGCCCAUUCUUUGUCAAACUCGCUCUUCGAUUUCUUUUUCGAUCUCGGUUCGAUGACGAAAACGGACACGACCUUUUCUUUUUUCACCGAAGCAAACGCUAAAUAUCCACGGAACAUACUAAAGGCUAUAAACAACGCGAAGACAAUUCGCACGUGUUGUGUCGAAGCACGCACUCCGUAUCACGUUACUAUAUGACACCGGUAUGACAGAUCUUGUCAACGAUCAAUUAAGAUAAUUAACGAGAAAAAAUCUUUUACCCCCGAUAUCUUUCGACAGAAAUAAUAUUUUCUUCUGAUUUUUUUUUUUAAAGAAAGUUCUCAAGCAUGUCUAUUUGAAAACGUUGAAACCUCAAAUAUGGAAAAAUGGCAAUUUUAAGGGUGGCUGAUACCUUAAACCAGCAAUGCAGGUCUUAAAAACAAAAAUCAGAGCGAUACACAAUAUAGAAGGUAGAAAAGCAUUUAUGCGGAAUAAGGUAUAGAAUUCCAUGACAAAAAAGGGGAAAAAAUCAAAUGUUGUCUCAAUUGAGCCUAUCCCCCCUCCCUCGUUUUUCUCCCCGUCUGUUAUGGACUCCGUACAAAUCCUUCUAAAUUUGACUUUGGUCUUUCCGUCUAGACCCAAGUCAAAUUUAGAAGGAUUUGUAUGGAGUCACAGAGCAUAACUGCGCUAAUAUCUCACAGACAAUUUGCUCCGAAAUGCUAAUUUUUGGCAAGUUGGCGUCUUGGACGUUGCUCUUGACAAAUCCCAUAAUUUCACAAAUUUAAUUUCUAUGACGUCAUCACUUUAGAACUCUAUUGUUAUUUGUAUAUUUCUGUGAUUUAUUUUUUCAGGAUAAAGUGUAGCGUAGCUUCUUUUUACGUAAAGUUAUAA